UAGGUGCAGUACAUGGCGUUGCCUCUGCGUGUCGCCAUCCGCCAGCUCAACAGCAUGUAAACACGCCGUGGGUCUCGCAACGCUCGUUGCUUAGAAGCUUUGCUUGGAUGAUACCCGAACUAACUUCCCAAUUUCAAUUACGUGGACAAUGACAGCACCGCGACGGACUCUAAGAGAUUAUACACUGGCGUGACGACGUAAAAAGGGACAACUGGAAGAUGGAGAAGGAGGGCGAAGUGACACCUGCUGAGCCGACAUGUCACUCGGGGAGGAGAACCGAGUCAGCUGGGCAACAACGCAGCAGCUCGAACCCCCACCUUUUCCAACACGAGCCAAGAGGCAGCCAGCCAUGUGCGAGGCCGAACCGGAACCCUCCGUCAAACAUUAAUGGCGGUGACUUGUCCUGGAGAGCAAAGGCAACAACAAACAGCAAUGACCCCUUUGUUCAAACCGGCAUUGUGCAUAACUCAGGGAACACACAAAGAAGAGGUUUUAGGGAUUCCAGAUCGCCGAGGAUAGCAAAACCCGCCCGGGACGACUUGGCCCAAUUUGAGGUGAAAAUGUCAGACUUCCCGCAGUUGGAUGCCGGACCCUCGCACGCUCACAAAGACAGCCAGGGGCCAAAAGCGAUGGCGGAGAGACGCCGGCCUUCCUCAAAGUCAACCUGGGCCGAUGUGCAACAGCAGACAGCCAUGAGAGGAUCCCCGACUGUACCUGAGCUCAGACAAACCAACAGCCACAUCCCCGCUAGCCCCACAAACCACCCCGCAGUUACAUCAUGGGCUAAUGUUGCUUCUCAGCCCCCCCCAAAAGCCUCUCAGAAGGAAAAGACUGUUGUGCUGACUGAGGAAACAGACAGACAGCAGCCGGGAGAGGGAACAGCGGCAGGGAGGAAAAAACGGAAGAAAAAGAAGAAGGGAAAAGAGGCAGAUGCCGCCAACAUGGAAGCUGAGGCAGAACAGUCAACGGUCCAACAGGAGCCGCCAAAAUUUGAGGAUGAAGAGGAGUUUCCGGGUCUGGCUCCAGCUCUGAUUUUGUCUCAUCGACCGGCAAGCAAUAGGAACUCUGGAAAAGGCACUGCAGAAAGUGAACAGGGUGAAAUGGUGCCAAACUGGGGCAAGAAUGCUACCAGAACGCCACCGACAGAGGCAGCAAAGAAAGGACAGAAAGCCGAGAAGACGUCCGGGAAGAAGAGCAAAGCUCCCGUGCAGUUGGACAUCGGGAACAUGCUGUCUGUCCUGGAAAACAAGCAGAAAUCUCAGCUAGUCAAGCACAACGUCAUUUCAGUGGUUGGAGGACUUCCUGUCAUCCACAAGCAAACGGCGGUCCAGAAGAAGACCCCCAGGCAGCAGGAAAAAAUUGCGCACAACCCGCUGGACUCCACAAGCCCCCUGGUGAAGAAAGGCAAGCAGAGAGAAGUGCCCAAAGCCAAGAAACCCACUGCUCUUAAAAAGGUCAUCCUGAAAGAAAGAGAGGAGAGAAAGCAGCGACGUUUACUGGAGGAAAGAGGGGUGCUACCUGAAAACGAUUCAACGGUCACCACUGAUCCGGCACAAGACGAGCAACAGUGUGACGCUAAUCUGACAGACGAGGACGCCGGUGCUGUUUCGGGAAGUGACGAGCAGCCAGCAAACGAAACGUCAAGAGAGGGUGACGGACAAUCCGAUGGAGUGCAAGCUGAUGAGCAGCAGAUUAUACAGCUCGACUUGUCCGUCACUGUGCCAGAUCGACCCAAAAUUCACAGCAGGAAGUUCAGAGAAUACUGCAGCCAGAUGCUCAGCAAAGAGGUGGACCAGUGUGCGACGUCUCUGCUGAAGGAGCUGAGCCGCUUCCAGGACCGCCUCUACCAGAAGGACCCCAUGAAGGCUCGCAUGAAGCGCCGAGUCGUUAUGGGCCUGCGGGAGGUCCUCAAGCACCUCAAACUCCACAAGGUCAAGUGCGUCAUCAUCUCGCCCAACUGCGAGCGCGUCCAGGCCAAAGGGGGCCUGGACGAGGCACUCCACAAAAUCAUCGACACGUGCCGCGAACAGGAGGUGCCGUUCGUCUUCGCCCUCUCUCGCAGGGCGCUGGGGCGCUGCGUCAACAAGAUGGUGCCCGUCAGCCUGGUGGGCAUCUUCAACUAUGAUGGCGCACAGGACUACUACCACCAGAUGAUCGAGUUGUCUUCGGAGGCCAGGCGAGCGUACGAGGAGAUGCUAGUGAGCGUGGAGCAGUCCGUCCAGGCGGAGUGCGGCGACGGAAACGUCUCUGAAGAGCACAGUACCGCCAAGCUGAUUCAGCCCGAGGAGUCAGAGCCAGAGUCUCAGGAGCCGGAAUACAGGCAGCUGUGGAGGAAGCUGCUCGAGAGGGAGUCCAGCUACAAGUCAUUGAACUUUGACACGUGGCCCAGUGAAUGUAAUGAAGAAAAUGAAGAUGAGACCAGUUGACAGUGGCGACUGCGGGACUUUCUCCGGUCCGAGAACCUCCAUGUUCUCGAGGAGGACGACGUUGUCGGAUGUCACGUCUUUGACUCUGGUGUAGUCCAACUCCAGCCCGGCGUGUGUCUCAAUGUGCACAUAGCUGCUGUGGUUUGAAAAAUCACCGCAGCCAUCUUCCCGGUUGACAGCAGGCGGCAUCUUCAAAUUCGGCUCUGCUCGGUUGUCCUUAAGUUGGUAGUCGGAACUGAAGCAGGCCGAACUCACCGCGCUCCUCUGCUGAGCCGUAUGAUCCGACACAAUUAGGUAGUCGACCAUGUAGUCCUUCCAGGCCACCGCAGGAGGGAAGUCCUGGUGGAUGAUCAAUGCGCUGGCGAGGUCUUCGGGUUGCCCACUCUGGA